GUUCCUCCUCCGGUCUCGCGCUCGAUGCCACAGCGGCCCCGACCACUGUCACCAUGGCUUCGGCCGGGACGGGGAUGACCGAGCGCGAGCUGGAGGGCUGCCGGGAACUGGUGGAGCUGCUCCAGACCGACGACCUGCUGGCGCUCAGGGACACGUCACCAACCGUCUCGUGCAGCCCGACAGCCGCCAAGUAUAUUUUUGGAUCACCCCUACACUCGACAAGCACUCAAGAAGCCAUACGUGCCAUCUUACUCUACAGUCAGAGUGCUGAAGAGCUGUUGAAGAGAAAGAAAGUAUUUCGAGAGAUAAUCUUCAAGUACUUGGCAACAGGAGUUAUAGUGCCGCCUUCUUCUGAAAAGCACCAGCUUGUUACUCGUGCAAAGCAGCACUGGUGUGAACAGCUGAAAACUUUUGCCUCAGAGGAAAAACAUGCUAAUACAGAGAAACCUGAAGAGGGGGAAAAGCAAGGAGGAGACAAACAAGAUGAUGCCAAAGAGUGUCACAGUCUGGGAGAGGAAUUUUGUCAGUGGUUCUUUGGAAUUCUGAACGCUCAGAACCCUUUGAUUGGAGAGCCACAUGGAGAAUGGGGGCCACAACACUUUUGGGAUGACAUAAUACUAAAGUUUUGUUACAACACUUCAGAACAAAACAUGGAAGAGUACACGGGUGCAGAAUUGGUGAGCCUCCGCUUACUGUCAUUGGUGAAAGAAGAAUACAUAUUCUUCUUUCACCAAUAACAGUGCAGCCCAGACUUCCUGUUGGA